UGAUUUUUAUCUAAUGUACUUACAUAAAUUUAAUAUUUAAUUUUUGUGGAAAUUUGCAAAUCUCUUUACCAACACUAACGGCUGUGCACGAAAGGUGUGUCACACACAACUCUCCAAAAAUUAUACGUCUUCCCUUUUUCGUUACAUACGUAAACAAAGAAUACGCCACAACAAAGGUACCGCUAAAUCAAGCACCAAAGCAAGCGCACCGUUGACAGUCGCAAAGCAAUCGAACUUGAAGAAGAAGAAGACGAGCAAAAAAAAAGGGACGUCAGAGUUAAAAAAAUGUCGGCGCACAGCGGAGGUACGGAUUGGAAUUCGGUUGUAAAACCACUUUUAUCAAACCGUACAAGCGCUUUAAACAAAAAUGAAAUAUCAAAUUUACUAAAAGCGAUUACCAGAUGUGAACAUGAAUUUUUCGACGAUGAAAGCAAUUACACACAAUUUUACACAGCAUUUGCGGCUCUGGCAGCCGAUAAGCUCAUGCAAAUCAAGUCAAUAUGCCAGACGCAAAUAUCACAAUUGCACGAUGCCAGCGCGGUGCUCAUCCGUUUCAUACUCUUCAGAUUGCCGAAGGUGUCUGUGUAUGAGAUCAAAUGGCUGCUGGUCGCACUGAAGAUGCUGUGCGAGGGUCGCGAGAGCGUCGCCCCAGGCUCGGGCGCCACACAAUUCGACUAUAAUGCCGUGGCAGCGAUCCUGAAGAGCGCCAAGCAUCCGGAAUCCAACAGCAAGAGCAUCGGCAGCAGCAGCAGCGUCUCCAGCAGCGGCCCCGGCACCGAAAAGGAGUCGCCCAAAUCGGAGAUUAAACGUUCGCGUUCAGAUCUCUCAACGGUUAUAUUGCAACAGUUGCUGGCGCCUCUAGAGCCCGGCAAAAUGACCUGGGUGCCAUUGAGCGAAGAGAUCAGCGAUUGCACCGAACAACUCUUGGCAGCGAAUGUCGAGUACUUUCAGGAACAGAACGGCGUGGACACGUUGCUCGAUGUGGGCGUGGGCUUGCCUAUACUCAAUCGCUAUCGCUCCAAAUACCAGGAGACAAUUGUGGGCGGCAAGCCGCUGUAUUUGCCUUUGACCCAGUUGGAAGCCAGCGCCGUCAAGUCGGCCAUGGCACAUAUGCUAACCGAUCUGUCCAUACUGGGACAGGCGCAUUCGCUGAUUGCGCUGCAGCCGCUGACACCGAGCCGCAUCGAGAAGCUGUCGAUGUGCGGCAUUGCGGCGUUGUACAAUGCUGUGCUGACCUCCAUAGCUGCCAGUGUGCUGAGCAUGUGCCAGGCCAGCGGCGGAUCGCAGAAGCAGCAGCCAGCAGCUGCAUCAACAAGCCAGGGCAGCGGCGGCGGCAACAGCAAUCCUUCAGCUGGCGGCGGCAAGGAUCACGACGAUUUCGAGGAACAGGCCUGCACCAUUGUGAACAAGGCGCUGGAGAUCUACACGAGCAUCGGCGAGAUGUUCAGGGCCUCGGCACGCAUGCAUGUCUAUCAGAAUCAUUUGUGCUACGGCUCCUGGUUGCUCAUCAGCGGCAUCCAAGGUGCCAUGGGCGCAUCUGGCAGCAGCAGCGCAGCGGCACAGGGGAAAACUGCUGCCAGUGCAACCGAAACUCCGACUGCCACGCCCAGUACGCCCAUAGCGCGUGUUAAUCUGUUCAAGGUGCAGCAAGGCUUUGGCGAGCUUAAUGCGGCCAUUGCCAACCACAGCAUUAAGCUGCUCUCCGAGCUGAUAGAUGAUCUGAAGAUUGAAUCUGCCUGCGGCACUGCAUCGGCUCAGAGCGCCAGCGUGGACGUGGAGCCGGCACAAUUUGAUAUACUGCAAAAUUACACGGCCCUGCAGCGUAUUGUACGCGUUCUGAACACGGCCACGUUGCAUCAGCUCUUCACGUUCCUGGCAACUGUGGCCUAUCGCAAGGCGUGCACCUUGAAGCGCGCCAAUACCAAAGAUCGCACCGAAUGCGAACCGAUUAGCUACUCCGAUUCGACGACCUAUUUCAAUGAUUCGCUCUCCUGCUCGGACAAUUCAGAGGAGGAUGAUAGCGAGAGCUAUUUGGGGCAUUGGUUCAAGGAAACCCUGUCGCCGGAAACGCACGAUGACAAUGCCAAUGCCCAGGAGCGUAGCGGCGAACAAAAAUCUGCGCUGGUGCCCAAGCUGGACGAGCCACAUGAAUAUCUGGACUUGGCUGCAGACAUCUUCUGUUUCCUGGAUCAAUUUUUGGCCAAUCGUCAUGCCUACAUGCAGCGCUAUGUGAAGGCGGGCGUCAGCGAUCAGCAAAUGCUGCUCAUGGCCAACAUUAUAAAAGACUUUGAUCGUGAUGUUAUGCGUCAGGAGGCUGGUGGCAACAGCGGCGGCGGCGGCGGGGGCUCUGGUGAGGGCAACUGCUCCAAUUGGCAAUCGGCCAUGAUACGCUUCUCGGGCGCCGCAGGACGUUAUAUACACAACUUGAUCUCGACGUCGUUGCUCUCGGAGCAGCUGCAAUCAAAUCUGCUGCAGCACUUGGCGAUCUCACCCUGGUCCACGGACACCAACAGCUGGCCACUGCAGGUCUAUCCGAGCACGUUGUCGGUGCUGGUGCAGAUCCUGUUGCUGAAGCCAACGCAUGAGAAGGAGGCGGCCUGCUUGUCCGUCUGGCAUCGUCUGAUCAACACGCUGGUCGAUGGCGUCUGCUCGGCUGCCAAUGCCAGCGACACGGAAUUCGAGGAUUUAAAUAUUGAACAUGCGCAGCUGUUGCUCUUCCUGUUCCACUCGCUCAAUCUGAUGCAGAAGAAGUCCAUUUUGCUGCUGACCGCCGGCGGCGUCAUCCGCUGUGCCGACGUCUGUCGCGGCAUCAGCGGCGAGCGCACCGUGCGCAAUAGCCAGAUGAUGCUGCUCUCCCGUCUGCUGCUCUUCCUGGAGUAUCUCAUGAAGCAUCUGUACAAUGCGCCUCCUGAACUGCUCGAUCAGGUGCGCUGGAAUCUGUUCAGCGUGAGCAGCAUGCCGGAUACCCAAAAGAUUACCGAUCUUCUAAAUAGUCGCACCAAGUUGACCUCCUAUUGCCGCCACGACAUCGAGGAAAAGUUCCGGAACUCCACUGUGGGCGACCUGACCUCAAGCAUUCGUCCCACGUUUUACUCGCUGGUCACGGCAGAUCCCGCUAAGCCCCACUGGGCUCAGGAGUUCAAAUUGGAUGGCUUAGCCUGGAAUUUCAUAUUGUGCACGCCCGAUAAACUGAAGUAUCCAUUGCUGGUGGAUGCACUCAUCGAUAUACUGGCCAUUACGGACAUGUCCGCCUACACCAAGGACAAGGACAACCUGCACAAUCUGUGCGCGAUGCAGUAUUGCUUUAGCAUUGCCUGGAAACUGCUGCUCGGCCUGCCGCCGUCCACAUCGCAUGUGGAAUCGCUGAAAACCGAAAGUGCGCCCAAUCUGCAUUCGCUGCUCUGGAGCAUACGCUGCCCCUUGGUCUAUUCGCACUACCUGGUGGUCAAUAGUCUGAUCAAGCAGGGCAUGUACACACAGUAUGCCGAGUCCUUGUGGGCACAGGUCGGCGAUCGCACCGCCGACAUACGCUACAGCCUCAAACAGACCAUUCUGGGCGUGGAGGCGUUCAACAAGCAGCUGAACAAAGCUUCACAAAAUCCUCGUCUCUCCGAUCUGAUUCUUUUGGAUGCGCUGGUUGCCCACAUGCAGGCCGUGGCCUGGGCCGACAAGGAGGGCUUCAAGGUGCAGCGCAAGGAGAGCGACAGCGACAGCAUCACAUCAGAGAGUCGCGAGCGUGAGAAUUCCAGCGCUGCCACCGACCCGGAGCUCUACUCCUCCAGCGAGUCCAUCGAUGAGCAGCAAUCGAAGCUCACGGAGGACAACAUACUCACGCCGGGAGAGCUGCUCGAGCGCACGCAGCUAAGCAACGAGCUGCUGCUCAAGUUGAUGGACUCCUACAGUCUCAUCUCGAAUAUUGUACGCGCCCAGAUGCUGAAGCAGCUGUCCAGCAAUACGCCGGAGCAGACGCUCAAUCUGAUAGUACCCGUGGUGAGCGACAAGCCGGCGAUUAUGCUGGAGCUGCACGCGGCCUUCCUCAAGCUGUUGCCCAACGAGGACAAGCAGCUGAUUGCCAACGAGUGGCCCAAAUGUCUGCUGGUCAACGACGAAGCCUUCAAUGGCAAACAGCAUCCCGUGGAACCCUACACGCUGAACGUUAUCGAUGCGCACAUCACAGAGCUGACCAAGUCCACGACGUACUCCACGCUGCACACGCUGAAGCAUUGCUUGAAGUCCAUUUUGCAUCUGCUGGAGCUGCUGCUGCCCUUCUGCACAGCGAUUGGCGAUGUGGAGACGCAGCUGAAGCCGCUGCUGAUUGCCUCGAUGAUGGACAUGCGCACCGAUUAUCUGCAGAGCCAGAGCGAACAGUGCCUGCGCGAGAUUCUGCACGGCCUGACCAACGAGGCGCACAAGCAGCUGCUCUUCGAGCACAUGAUCGGACACUGUUAUGACAUGUUGAUUGAAUUUGCCGCCGAGCUGAAGCAGCCGCCGGCAACGGGAGCUGUUGCUGAGCAACAGGAGCAGCGCGCACUCUUCAAUGAAUCGAUGUUGUUUGCCGUGCUCAAGACCAUGAUUAAAAUGCUGGAUGUGCCCACCGCUGUCCAGGCCAUGCGGCACUUCUUCAAGGAGCAGCGCGCCGGCAGCUUGACCACCCUGUUGCUCUCCUUUACGGGCACAACGCUGCCGCUGAGCUAUGCCCGCAAGAUGCUGCAGUUUGUGGAGCGUCUGUUUGAGCAGGCGGCACAGCCGGAUGCCCAUUUCCAGCACGAGGAACUGGUCGACUGCUUUGCCGGCCUGGCCAGCGUGGAUGUGGCGCGUCUCAAGCUUUGGCUGGCGCACAUCAUCUAUGGACCCAAUGUGGUCGGCGCCGCGGCCAACAGCAGCAGCUGCGAGGCUUCCUGCAAGCUCUUGACGAGCAUUAUGCAGCCCUCGAGCAGCUCGAGCAGCAAUGCACAGACACCAACUAAUAUGGCCACCGUUUCGGCCAUGCCCAGCAUAUCGGAUCAGCUGGAUGCCAUGGACAUUGACUAUGACUGCGCGGGCACAGGCAAUGCGGCGCCCAAUACAUCGCAGAUCCUGAGUCUGUGGCAGGGCACAAAUCAGCCCAAUAAUCAGUCCGAGGACUCCUCGCAGGCCUGCGAUCAGCCAAGCGCCAGCACACAGCCGCGCAACGGCGCGCUCCUGCUGAGCUUUGUCAAAUCGCUGGUGCGGGAUCAGCCGGCAGCUGCUCAGCUGGCGCCGCCGCUUUUCCAGGCGCUGCUGCAGCUGGGACAAACGUUGAUAACGCCGCCGCAGGAUGGCUGCGAUUUUGCGGACGUGCUGCAGAUUAUGAUCACGCUGGCGGAUGCAGCGCCCGCACGCGGCCAUGUGGCAUUGUUUAAUACGACGCUACUCUGGCUGGAGCUGGCCAAGCUGCAGCUGCCGGACAAACAGUUGCGUCAUGCGGAAAAUGUAAGUGCUCUGUUGCGCUACCUCAGCGAGCUGCUGCAGGGCAUUGGGUAUCGGGGCAGCCGUCAGCAUAUGCCGCCCUGGGAUGAUGAGCUGCAGUCGGACAUUGAUGAGCUGUACGACGAGCUGGUGGAUGACCAGCAGGAGCAGGAUUCGCUGCUGGACGACUCCGAUGAGGAUACGCUGAACAACAAGCUGUGCACCUUCUCGCAGACCCAAAAGGAGUUCAUGAACCAGCAUUGGUAUCAUUGCCACACCUGCAACAUGAUCAACACCGUAGGCGUCUGCUCCGUUUGCGCCCGCGUCUGUCACAAGGGUCACGAUGUCAGCUAUGCCAAAUACGGCAAUUUCUUUUGCGAUUGCGGCGCCAAGGAGGACGGCUCCUGCCAGGCGCUUAGCCGCCGUCUGCCCACCAGCGGCUGCGAUGCACGCGAUGGCUAUGUCUCGGCUCACAUGAGCCUGCUGGCCGCCGGCAAGAAGCGUCCAUCGCCGCCCACACAAGUACGCAAGGAUUCGCUGAGCAACGAGCGCAUUGCUCUGCUCGGCAAAUUGCUGGAGCCGCAUCGCGAGGCACUGCAGCAUCCCGAUCAAUGGCUGCUCGUCGUGCGCUGCAUUCUCGAGUACUUUGAUGUGCUGCUGCCCUCGAUUCGCGAGAAUUGCACUCUCUACUCGAUUGUGGGCUGUCACAAGCGCGCAACGGCCGCACUGGAGCGACUGCAUCAGCUGGAUCAGAGUUUCCAGGUCACGGAUCAGCUCAUGUUCGCCACGCUGGGCUCCCAGGAGGGCGCCUUCGAGAAUGUGCGCAUGAACUACUCGGGCGAUCAGGGCCAGACAAUCAAACAUCUCAUUUCAUCGGGCGUUGUGCGACGUGUCGCCUUCUGCUGCCUGUCGUCGCCACAUGGCCGACGCCAGCAGCUGGCCGUGUCCCAUGAGAAGGGCAAGGUUACCAUAUUGCAGCUGUCGGCGCUGCUCAAACAGGCGGACGCCUCCAAGCGCAAGCUGACGCUCACACAGCUCAGCUCGGCGCCCAUAGCGUGCACCGUGCUCUCGCUGGCCGCCAAUCCCUGCAAUGAGGAUUGCCUGGCCGUGUGCGGCCUCAAGGAAUGCCAUGUGCUGACCUUCUCGAGCAGCGGCAGCACCAAUGAGCACAUCGUGGUCACGCCGCAGCUGGACAAUGGCAACUACAUCAAGAAGGCCGUCUGGCUGCCCGGCUCGCAGACGCUGCUCGCGCUGGUCACCUCGGACUACGUGAAGAUCUACGACCUCGCACUGGAUGCAUACAGUCCGAAGUACUAUUAUCUUGUUGCGGUGGGCAAAAUACGCGACUGCACCUUCAUGUACCAGGAGGGCGCCUAUUAUAUGCUGACAUUUGCCAGCAGCGGCUACAUCUAUUACCAGGCCCUGGACGAACAGAGUCUGGCCGUGCACGGUGACUUUUAUGUGACCAAUACGCUGGAGCUGAGCCAUCAUCAUAUCAAGGAUGUCAACGGGCAGGUGGGCGGCGGCGGUGUCUCCAUUUACUACUCGCAUGCGCUGCAGUUACUCUUCUAUAGCUAUGCCUCUGGUCGCAGCUUUGUCUCGCCGCUGACGAACGUCAAUCAGGGCGUCAAGGGCAUCUAUCAUCUGGACACCAAUUCGGCAGUUAGUAAAUCCUCAUCGAAGGGUCCGCUCCAGCCGCUGGUGCAGUGGACCGAGGUCGCCGGCCAUCCCGGCCUCAUCUAUGCCAACAUGCAGACCUCAAAUAAUCCAAUUAUAUUAAUGCUCACGCCGGAGCUCAUCUACAUGCAGGAGAUCAAGGCGCAGUCGGCCAAGUCGCGCAUCAUGGACGUGGUCGGCAUACGUCAUUCCGUGGCCGGCACCGAGAAGACCACGCUGCUGCUGCUCUGCGAGGACGGCAGCCUGCGCAUCUUCUCUGCCCAGCCGGAGCACACCAGCUUCUGGCUGUCGCCGCGCGUCCAGCCGCUGGGCAAUCAGCUGUACUCCGCCACGCUGCUGGCCAAAAGCGGCAGCUCCCUGUCCGCCACGAGUCCCAAAUCGAGCAAGCCCAACAAGUUGCCACGUAAAUCUGGUGGCGGUGCUUCGGGCAAUGCUCCAGGUGCUGCUGGAGUCGGAGCUGGAGCUGGUCAGCAAAAGCAGUUGACAUCGGGCGGCGUUCCCGUUUUCCCCAUUGAUUUCUUCGAGCACUGCAACAUGCUGGCCGAUGUGGAGUUUGGCGGCAACGAUCUGCUCCAGAUAUACAACAAGCAAAAGCUGAAGACACGUCUCUUCUCCACGGGCAUGUUCGUGGCCAGCACCCGGUCCAAUGGCUUUACGCUGGAGGUGCUCAACAAUGAUCCCAAUGUCGUUAUGGUGGGCAUACGCGUCCUGCUGGGCACACAGGAUGCUCAACGCGCACCGCAAUCCGUGAGCAUAUUGGGACGCACGGUGGCCACGCCCGUGCGCCGGGCACGCUGGUUCGAUAUACCGCUAACCCGCGAGGAGAUGCUGCAGUCGGAUAAGCUGCUCAAGGUGUGCUUUGCCAAGUCUCAGGAUCCGGAGCAUGUCACCCUGCUCGACUGCAUCGAGGUGUACGGCAAGUCCAAGGAGCUGGUCGGCUGGCCGGACGACAGCGAGGAGCUGCCGGCCACAGCGGGCAACGCCAGCACGGCCGCAGCCGUUGCCUUGCCCGCCAGCGCGGCCAAUUUCGGCGAAGGCUUCAAUAGCAUCACCCAACUGGAUCGCAUGUGCACCCAUCUGCUGGAGGUGCUCGACUGUGCGCUCAAUUUACUCGGCAAUGGCGGCGCCGUCGCGCUGGCCAUGCGCCAGAAGGCCAUCAAGACGGCGAGCGCCUUGCUGCUGCUGCCCACACCGAAUCCCGUGCAGACACAGGCACGCUAUGUCCUGGCCACAUUGUACGGCAGCCGUGGUGCCUAUCAUGCCUACAAGGAUAGCGUUCUGCUGCAAUUUGUGCACGGCGAGCUGCAGGCAACGCAGCCGAAACUGACGCAGCUGGACACGCUGCAGGAAAUCGAUCCGGAGGCCUUCUAUCGCCUGAUACUGCUCGUGCGCGGCAUUGCCAACGCCCGUCCGCAAUCGCUGGCCAAGAUCUGCGCCGAGUGCAGCUACGAUAUUGUGCCAGCCCUGAUGGCCAUGGUGCUGGAGCUGCAUAAGGUGACGCCGGCGCUGGAUGAGCCCACGAAUAUUGUGCGACGCGGUCUCUGCCAGACGGAGACGAUUGUCCACUGCCUGGUGGAGAUUAUGUACGGAUUUGCGCUGGCCGAUGCCAGUCAAGUGGGUCGCAUGACCAAGUACUUCAUUGAGCUGCUCAAGCACGACGCGAGCGUGAUUAGUCACAGCGCCAAGGAAGCGCUCAUUCUGCUGCUCAGUCCGCGCAUGAAGCGCCGCAAGGUGGCCAUUGUGACCACGCCGCCCGCCUGCUCGACGCCCACGCCGUCGGCCUCGGCCAUCAGCAGCCACAAUUUGAGCGCUUUGCAGGGCGCCGCCUCGCAGGCGGCCAGCGAUAUAAUUGAGGAGGCCGCCGCAGCGGCUGUAGAUGCCUCCGCUGGCGCUGGCGUUGAUGCUCUGCUGGAUGCGGAUGCAGCGGGCGUUAAUCAGCAGCAGCAGCAACGACAGCAGCAGAUGCUCAAUCUGGAGGCCUUCAUGGGCGGCGGCUUUCCGCGACUGCUCGGCCUGCCCGAAGACGCCGACGACGAGGCCAUCAUGGACAUUGCCAUUGCGCUGAGUCUGCAGCAGCACGGCGGCGAUGCGAAUGCGCUGCAAUCCCUGCAGCAGGGCCUGGCCAAUUUGCAGGGCAUACGCCUGGCGGCGGCGGCCACGGCCAAUGCUGCGGCCAGCGGCGAUGCAGCCGGCUCCGAUGAUGAUGAGGGCUCCAAUGUGGCCACAGAUGGCUCCACGCUGCGCACCUCGCCCGCCGAACCGGCGGGCAGCGGUGGCUCCGAGAGCGGCGGCAGCGGAGUCGAGAGCAUUGGCGGCACCUCGGCGCGCAGCAGCAACUUUGGUGAUCAUGCGAAUGCCUCGCCGCCGCGCCAGAGCAAGGAUCAGGAACAAGAACAAGAACAGCCGGGCACAAGCAGCGGCUGCGUCGCAGCACUCAGCGCCAUGAGCAGCAGCGAGGACAACGAGAUCAACGAGGACGAGAAGCUGAGCAAGCUGCACGAUCUGAGAAUCGCCGUGCUGGAGAGCAUCAUCGAGCAUCUAGGCACGUUUGAUCUGUGCAAUGGCCUGCAGGCUAUUCCGCUCAUUCAGGUCAUCCUGAUGCUGACCACGGAUCUGAAUGGCAACAACGAGCGGGAUCAACAGGUGCUGCAGGAUCUGCUCGCCGCGCUCGUCGAGUACGUGGAGAUUGGCAAACGUGGCACAGCCACCAAGAUGGAGACCAAGUGCCCCGGCAACGAGGUGCGUCUGGCGCUGCUCUCGCUGUUCGGCGUCAUGAUGGGCAAAACCAAGUCCAAGCAGACGGGUACCACAUCGCCGCCGCAUCAGUUCAAGGACAACAGCUCGUUUGUGGCCAGCACCACGGCGAAUGUUCUGAGCAAGAGCGGCGCCUUUGUCUAUGCCCUGGAGGCGCUCAAUACGCUGCUUGUGCACUGGAAGCAGGUGCUCGGUGAUCCGUAUGCUGCCGGCGGCACGGGAGUUGCUCAGCCGGCCAGCGGCAAUGCGUCCGGCACGGGCGCAGGCACAGCGGGACAGCUAUUGAAGCCCAUCAAGCAUGGACCCAAGCCGGACAUAUCGAUACUCAUACCGCACAAUUAUUUGAAAAACUAUCCGGACAUAUUCGAGUCGUAUGAUGCACUGCUCACGGAGAUUAUUGUGCGUCUGCCGUAUCAGAUUCUGCGCCUGAGCAGCGCCCAUCCGGACAACUAUGACAGCGGCUUCUGCGAGGCGAUGACCUUUACGCUCUGCGAGUACAUGAUGCUCAAUCUGAAUGCGCUGCUGCGUCGCCAGGUGCGCAAGCUCCUCAUGUACAUCUGCGGCAGCAAGGAGAAGUUCCGCAUGUAUCGCGACGGACAUUCGCUGGAUGCACACUUCCGUGUGGUCAAACGCGUCUGCAGCAUUGUCAGCACCAAGAACGGCGCUCCGUAUAACGCCAAUCCGCCGCUGCUCAGCUACGAUGCGCUGGUGGAGCUGACGGAGCAUUUGCGCACCUGCCAGGAGAUCAGCCAAAUGCGCACCGGCAAUUGGCAAAAGUUUUGCGUGGUCCACGAGGAUGCCCUGGCCAUGCUAAUGGAGAUCGCCUGCUACCAGCUGGACGACGGCGUCUCGCCCAUCAUUAUUCAGCUGCUGCAAGCAGCUGUCUGCAAUAUACCCCAGCCCAUGGCCGGCAUCAAGCAGCAGCAGCAGCAGCAAUCGCAGCAGGCCUCGACCAGCAGCAAGCUGCGCGGCGACCGCGAGAAGAGCGAGGAUACGGAUACCGCGUACUACUCCAAAUUUGAUCCGGCCCAGUGCAGCACAUUUGUCCACCAGAUCUUUCGCUAUGCCAGCGAUGCGCUCAUCAUACGCUUUGUCCGCAUCUUUCUGCUGGAGAACAAUGUGAGUCAGUUGCGCUGGCAGGCGCACUCCUUCAUGACGGGUCUCUUUGAGCAUGCGAACGAGCGUCAGCGCGAGAAGCUGCUCAGCAUCUUCUGGAAUCUGUGGCCCCUGGUGCCAAGCUAUGGUCGUCGCACGGCACAGUUUGUUGAUCUGCUCGGCUAUCUGACGCUUAGCACGCGCAGCAUUACGGACCGUUUGCCGGAGUUUGUGUCCCGUGCAGUCGAGGUGCUGCGCCAGCAGAACGAGCUGCUCUGCAAGCAUCCCAAUGCGCCCAUCUAUACCACGCUGGAGUCCAUACUGCAGGUGAACGGCUACUACCUGGAAUCGGAGCCGUGUCUGGUGUGCAACAAUCCGGAGGUGCCCAUGGCGAAUAUUAAGCUGCCCUCGGUCAAGUCGGACUCCAAAUACACGACCACCACCAUGAUCUACAAGCUCGUGCAGUGCCACACCAUUUCGAAGCUAAUUGUGCGCAUUGCCGAUCUCAAGCGCUCCAAGAUGGUGCGCACCAUCAACGUGUACUACAACAAUCGCAGUGUUCAGGCCGUUGUCGAGCUCAAGAAUCGUCCGGCGCUCUGGCACAAGGCACGCUCCGUCUCCCUGCAGUCGGGCCAGACGGAGCUGAAGAUUGACUUCCCGCUGCCGAUCACCGCGUGCAAUCUGAUGAUCGAGUUCGCUGACUUUUACGAGACGGUCAGCGGUUCCAGCGAGAAUUUGCAGUGUCCACGCUGCAGUGCAGCGGUGCCAGCGUAUCCGGGCGUCUGUGGCAACUGCGGCGAGAAUGUGUUCCAAUGCCACAAGUGCCGCGCCAUCAACUACGACGAGAAGGAUCCGUUCCUGUGCCAUUCGUGCGGCUUCUGCAAGUAUGCCAAAUUUGACUUCAGCAUGUAUGCGCGCGUCUGUUGCGCCGUGGAUCCCAUCGAAUCCGCCGAGGAUCGCGCCAAGACUGUGCAGCUGAUACAUAGCUCGCUGGAGCGUGCCGAUCGCAUCUAUCGCCAGCUGUUGACCAACAAGCAGAUGCUCGAGCUGCUCAUCCAAAAGGUGGCCGAGCAUCGCAGCAGCGAUCGCCUUGUCGAGGACAAUAUGGGCAGCGUGCACAGCACCUCGCAGGUGAACAAGAUCAUACAGCUGCUCGCCCAGAAAUACUGCGUCGAGUCGCGCACCAGCUUUGAGGAGCUAAGCAAGAUUGUGCAAAAGGUCAAGGCCUGCCGCAGCGAACUGGUUGCCUAUGACCGCCAGCAGCAGGAUCAGCCGGUAGUUAGUCUGCCCUCGGGUGCCGAAUCGAAUCAUACCACGAAUCGCUGCUACGGCUGCGCCCUGGCCUCCACCGAGCAGUGCCUCACUCUGCUGCGCGCCAUGGCCUACAACUAUGACUGUCGCGUCGGGCUCUACAGCCAGGGUCUGGUCAGCGAGCUGGCCGAGCACAAUUUGCGUCGUGGCACGCCUCAAAUCCAGGAGGAAGUACGCAAUCUGCUCGUCGUGCUGACCAAGGACAAUGCCGAGGCCUGCAUGCACCUACUGCAGCUGGUCACAACGCGUGUUAAGAAUGCCCUGAUGGGCGCUAUACCUUUGAUUAGCCUGGAGGCGGCUGUGCAUCAGGAGAUGACGCUGCUGGAGGUGCUGCUCGGCCAGGAUGACGUCUGCUGGGAGUACAAGCUGAAGGUCAUCUUUGAGCUGUUUAUCAGCAACUGUCGUUUGCCACGUGGUCCUGUUACUUCGGUGCUGCAUCCCUGCCUGCGCAUCAUGCAGAACCUGAUUUGCCCCGCUUUGCCGAGCAAUAAGAACAACAAUAACCAACCGCAGCAGCAACAACAACAACAACAACAGCAGCAGCAGCAGCAGCAGCAGCAACAACAGCAGCAGCAGCAACAGCCACAGCAGCCUUUGGGUCCCACGGAGCUGUGCAGCAUCAAGCUGCUGGAGGGCAACACGAUCGAUUAUCGCGCCUGGCUCAGCUCCGAUCGCAAUCAUGAGUACAGCGCCUGGAGCAGUCGCAUGCCCACCAACAAGUAUCAGCGCCAGGAAGGCGGCAAGCAGCAGCAGCAGCCGCAGCAGCGGAUCAGCAGCAACAACAACAGCAACAAGCAACAGUCGCAGGUGGGCGAUGCACCACCUGUCAAGGGCGGGCGACGUGCUGAGGUGCGCGCCGCCUUUUUGGGCGAGAAGUAUGCACAUCGCUGGCGCCAACAGGUGCUGGACAAGGAGAAGGUCAUCAAGCCGCUCGUAUUCAACGCAAAAUGGAUACAGCCGCUGCUCUUCAAUGCGAACUCGCGCUUCGGCCGCCAGCUGGCCUGCUCGCUGCUCAGCGGCCUGUGCCGCACCAGCGAACGGAAGCAGCAGGCGCUCAACAUGCUCACCGGCUUCCUCAGGCAUGUGGGCGAGGCGGGCGAGGCGAGCGCCGAGUACUUGACCCUGUAUCGCAGUGUGGCCACCGAGACGCCCUGGCUGCAAUAUCUGGUGUUGCGCGGCGUCCUCGGCGAAAUCUCCCAACUGCUGGCGGUGGAAAUUGGUAAAAUACAUCGCAUGGAGGAGCAUUCGUUGUCCUCGGAUCUGUCGCUGGGCUAUGCGUUGCGGCAGUAUGUGGAGCUGCUUUGGCUGUUCCUCGAGUGCCCGAACAUCAGGCGCACCUACAAGACGCGUCUGUUGGGUCCUGUGCUGGAGAGCUAUUUGGCAUUGCGCAGUCUGGUCGUGCAGCGCACGCGUCUGAUCGAUGAUGCCCAGGAGAAGCUGCUGGAAAUGCUGGAGGAGAUGACCAGCGGCACCGAGGAGGAGACGCGCGCCUUUAUGGAGAUACUCAUCGAUACGGUGGAGAAGACGCGCAUGAAUGACAUCAAGACGCCGGUCUUUAUAUUCGAGCGUCUCUACUCGAUAAUACAUCCCGAGGAGCACGAUGAGAGCGAGUUCUAUAUGACGCUGGAGAAAGAUCCGCAGCAGGAGGACUUCCUGCAGGGACGCAUGCUCGGCAAUCCGUAUCCCUCCAGCGAGGUGGGCCUCGGUCCAUUAAUGCGCGAUGUGAAAAACAAAAUCUGCACCGACUGCGAACUGAUUGCCCUGCUGGAGGAUGACAACGGCAUGGAGCUGCUGGUGAACAACAAGAUCAUUAGCUUGGAUCUGCCCGUCAAGGAUGUGUACAAGAAGGUGUGGCUGGCCGAGGGCGGCGAUCGUGAUGCCAUGCGCAUUGUCUAUCGCAUGCGCGGACUGUUGGGCGAUGCCACCGAGGAAUUCGUGGAGACAUUAAACAACAAGAGCCAGGAGCAGGUCGACACCGAGCAGCUGUAUCGCAUGGCCAAUGUGCUAGCCGAUUGCAAUGGACUGCGCGUCAUGCUGGAGCGCAUCGGCAGCCUGCAGCGCAUUUCGCGCCAGCGUGAACUCAUCCAGGUGCUGCUCAAGCUGUUCCUCAUCUGUGUGAAGGUGCGUCGCUGCCAGGAGGUGCUCUGCCAGCCGGAGGUUGGCGCCAUCAACACCCUCCUGAAGGUGCUGCAAAUGUGCUUGCAAUCGGAAAACGAUUCCAUACAAUCGGCCGUCACCGAACAGCUGCUCGAGAUUAUGGAGACCAUCUUGUCCAAGGCAGCCAGUGAUACGCUCGACUCCUUCCUGCAAUUCUCGCUGACCUUUGGCGGGCCGGAAUAUGUGAGCGCAUUGAUCUCCUGCACCGAUUGCCCGAAUGUCCGCAAUAAUCCUUCCGUGCUGCGUCAUCUUAUACGCGUCCUGGCGGCGCUCGUCUACGGCAACGAGGUCAAAAUGGCGCUGCUCUGCGAACAUUUCAAGCACACCCUGGACUUUAAUCGCUUUGACAACGAACGCACCACCGAGGAAGAGUUUAAGCUGGAACUUUUCUGCGUGCUGACCAAUCAGAUCGAGCACAACUGCAUUGGCGGCACUCUGAAGGAUUAUAUUGUGGGCCUGGGCAUUGUGGAGCGCGCCUUGGCCUAUAUCACGGAGCACGCGCCGUGCGUGAAGCCCACCCUGCUGCGCACCGACUCCGAUGAGCUGAAGGAGUUCAUUUCGCGUCCGAGCUUGAAGUAUAUUCUGCGCUUCCUCACCGGCCUGGCCAAUCAUCAUGAGGCCACACAGCUGGCCAUUAGCAAGGACAUAAUACCGAUUAUACAUCGCCUGGAGCAGGUGUCCAGUGACGAGCAUGUCGGCAGUCUGGCCGAGAAUCUGCUCGAGGCGCUCAGCACAGAUGCGGCGACGGCUUCGCGCGUUCAACAGGUGCGCGAUUUUACGCGUGCCGAAAAGAAACGCCUGGCGAUGGCCACGCGCGAGAAGCAACUGGAUGCCCUGGGCAUGCGCACCAACGAGAAGGGCCAGGUGACGGCCAAGGGCUCCAUACUGCAGAAGAUCGAGAAGCUGCGCGACGAGACGGGCCUCACCUGUUUUAUUUGUCGCGAGGGCUACGCCUGCCAGCCGGAAAAGGUGCUGGGCAUCUAUACGUUCACCAAGCGCUGCAAUGUCGAGGAGUUUGAGCUGAAGUCGCGCAAAACCAUCGGCUACACCACCGUCACCCACUUUAAUGUGGUGCAUGUGGAUUGUCACACCUCGGCCAUACGGUUGACCCGCGGUCGCGACGAAUGGGAACGCGCCAGCCUGCAAAAUGCGAACACACGCUGCAACGGACUGUUGCCCCUUUGGGGUCCGGCUGUGGGUGAGGCGGCCUUUUCCGGCUGCAUGACCCGUCACAGCAGCUACAUGCAGGAGAGCACCCAACGUUGCGACAUCUCCUAUGCCAGCAGCGUGCACGAUCUGAAGCUGUUGCUGAUGCGUUUCGCCUGGGAGCGUAGCUUCCAUGAUGAUGCCGGCGGCGGUGGCCCCCAAUCCAAUAUGCACUUUGUGCCCUACCUGCUCUUCUAUGCGGUCUAUUUGCUGCUCUCCUCUCGAUCUGCUGCACGGGACAGCAAAACGCUGCUUAACUAUUUAACGUCAGCGCCAUCGGACAAGUGGCUGGAGUGCGGCUAUGAGGUGGACGGACCACUCUACAUGCUAACCAUAUCCCUCUCCCUGCACAGUCGCGAGUUGUGGAACAAGCACAAGCUGGCGCAUUUGAAACAUUUGGUGGCUGUGGCUCAGGCGCGCCAUGUAUCGCCAUCGGUGCUGUGCAAGGCGCUGCUGUCGCCGGCGGAUCGACAGGCCAAAGAGUAUAGCGUAUAUAAGCCGUUCCUUAUGAUGUGGGCGCUGGUCGAUUUGAUGUACAACACGCUCUUCAGGACGGUCAGCACCGUCAAGGAGGAGGACUGGCCCGCAUCCCUAUUUGAGUAUAUACGCAAAAAUGAUGAGGCCAUGCUCGACUAUACGGAUCGCAUACUGCAAACCUUUACCAAGGAGUUUUUGCCCUGCACCUCAUUUGGCGAGUUCUGCGAUGUGGCGGGUCUAUUCGAUCUGAUCGAGCAGCCGGACAGCUUCAUUGAGGAGGUGCUCGGCUCGCUGCCCACCACAACCAGCUCUAGUUAGAUUCAAAUGCAGUUCUCAUCAUAUUUAAAGAAAUUGAUACCCCAACUAAACACUAAUCAGGAUUAGCUGCCGCUAUCCGUUUAUAAGCGUAUAUCUAUCUAUAUGCAUAUACUUAUAUAUUUAUCACCUAAAACUAUUUAAUCAAAUAAAAUUAUUCGUUUGCACAAUGAAA